ACAUUAUUAUUCCUUUGCAGGAAAAAAGGUUGAAGUCGAAACUUGAGGUCAUAUGCUCACUUGAUCAACAUUUAAGACUUGUACGAAGUUUCUAUUUCUGCUGUCUCCUGCAUUUUUCUUCUCUGUAUGCUGAAAAGUUUUUAACAUUUGACGCACAGCAUCCUCACUUUCCUCUCUCACUGAAAAUCCUAAUUAACUGCACAAUUUUUCCAUCAAACCCUUGCUUCUGCCUUCGAUUCAGUUUCAUAACUAUCAAUUGAAUCGGGUCGGUGAGGAGAGCGAAAAGGUUAGUUUUAUUGGAUGAUAUCAAGAAUAAAAUUUAUGAGAUAAUUAAGUAGCAUGAUGAUUGAAAGUUCAGGUAAAGUUCAUGAAGCCAAAAAUCAACAAGAGGGUGAUGAUGAUAACAACAUUAAAAUUGAGAAGCUCUUGAAGGCACGACCCUCCACCUCCUCAUCAUCAAGAUCAUGGUCAGCAUUCAGAAAUCCAAGAAUUGUGAGAGUCUCACGUUCCUUGGGAAGCAAAGAUAGGCACAGCAAGGUUUGCACCAUUAGGGGACUGAGGGACAGAAGGAUUAGACUUUCUGUUCCCACAGCAAUUCAGUUAUACAAUCUUCAAGACAAGCUUGGAUUCAACCAACCUAGCAAGGUGGUAGAUUGGUUGCUUGAAGCCACCAAAUCUGAUAUUGACAAACUCCCACCACUUCAAUUUCCUCACUGUUUUGCUCAUCAGUUUCACCAGCAAACCCUACUGCCAGGUACCUCUCAGUUUUCUCUUGGAGGCUUCUAUGAUGCUGCUAAUAACAACUCCACUUUUAUUAAGGAUGGGGGAAAUCAAAACCGCCUCACGGCAACAAAGUCAACAAGGUAUUGGGAUAUAGAUUCACUAAAUAAUGGUAAGGAGUUAGCUGAAAGUGUGUCAAUCUCCCAAAAAGGACAGUUCUGGAUCAAAACAAAUGAACAAGAAAACCAUCAAGGUGGAGGAAUUGGUGGUAGUAGUACUACUACUCAUAAUAGAGAGGAUAAUUCUUCAGUUCAUUAUAAGCUCUUCCCAAUUGGGACAACUACUAAUAACUCUUAUUUACCUGGUUUGUUAAACAAUGGCAUGACACAUAACUCCUACCACCAUUCUGAGCCUUCAAGGCUAUCUUUGUCCCACUUUGGAAGCCAUGGAUUGUUUCCUUCACAUGAUUCCCAUCAAAGCAGUGGCAUUGGUGUGCCAUUUUCGUCUUCUAAUUUCUCUGGAGCAUCAUCUGGUCCCCAAUUGCUUUUUUGUCCAACUUCUGCUACACCAUCUGCUUUUUACUCGGUGGAAAGUGAUCCAAGACAAUCCAACAACAAUGUUCAGAUCUUUAGCUCAAGUUCCCAAGUCAUGAAGCGUCUUCCUCUCAUCCAAUCUCUUCAUUCAACCAAUUCACCUAUUAGUCGGCGCCUUCCGACAUCAUUUAGCUCCAAGCUUCUUGAUUCAGAUAACAAUGAUCGUAGCCAACCAAAUAAGGGUACUAGUUCUCGUUCUUGAAUCAGUGCUUAAUCAGUGCUUCGGGGACAUUCUUCGCAACAAUUAUUCAAGAGGCUAAUGCACAUGAUUUAAAUUUUCGCACUCAGCGCCGUGAAUGUGAGUUUUGUAGGAAUGGAAAUGCUAUAUAUAUAUAUAUACAAUAUUUAUGUUUGAACUUCGAAGUAUUAAUCGUUGUGGUUGCAGCUAUUAGAUACCUUGUUGCAUAUUAACCAUUGUGAGAACGAUGUAUUAUAAAAUAACUGGAAUAGUGUUCAUGUGCUCAUUGUUAGAGAUAUAAUAUCAAAUUAUUCGCGUGUUUUUAUCUAAUA